CUUCUUUAAUAAAUCAAAUCGACUUCUAGAGAUGGAGCAAAAUAUUGAAAACUGAGAAAGUCAACUUCAAUUUCUUGGCGAGGUUUUGUGGCAUGACGCAUUUUUUCCAGGGAUCACCAUUUAAGGAGACAAUUCGGCCAUCCAGACCCAUCUCUUUGUAUAUAACCGAGUCGUUCGACGGCAAUUCUGUUUCAAUAGGGGAGGCUGGCUAUUUCAAGCCAGUAUGGUCCAACACACCAACCUGGCGACAUGUACUAAGACUACCUACUCAGUGGACGGUAAACACAAUCGACCUUUCUAAGUAUACAAAGAGAAGUUUUUCUUUUAGUGACCGGUCUACUUGACCUUUUACUUGACCUGGGCUGUCAUAGCCAUCUAAAACCCCCGGAUGCAAUUCCGGCCAGGUCUAUCAGUAAUUUCUGUAAACAGUCACCUAGGUAGACACAUCAAUGCUGCAGCACA